UCGUUAGUGAACACUGCGUUGCAGAUUCUGGAUGUUCUUGCUCACAUUUUAGAUCCUAGCAAGGAAAUGGAAUCCAAGUUCUAUGAAGGACCUGUGAACGGAUCAAAAGCAGACUCCAGAAAGGAAGCUCUGGACGCUGCUGUUAUCUCUCGCCUCGUCCAAAUUGCUAAAACAGCCUCUCCUAACCUUCUAAGAAAGGCAAUCUCCGUCAUCGAGUUUGGUACGGUCAUUGAUCCAACCAUGGACACGAUCAUCUCCGAGGACAUCACAGCUGUUCUUGACGUUGCUCUCCAUCAGAACGUCCUUGAUGAACCUGAGGAUGAAGCUGAGGAGUUAGAGAAACACUUGCUCAAGCUAGAAGAAGCUGGUCUGACGAUCUCAUCCGCUUCGAGACUACUCACAAAACUCCUCGACUCCGAGUCGUUUCGCAAAACAGUGGACACGACGACGCGCUUCGAGGAACCGCUGAGGAAGAUCCUGAGAUCGAACCUCCCUCUACACUACAAAGACUGGGUCGCCUCUUGUCUCGUCAAACUCACCUCUCUCUCUCCAUCUCUCAGCAAACCGAUCAGCGUUGAGGUGACUCUCUACAAGACGAUCCCGAGCCUGGUGGAACAAAUGAGCUUCUCCUCGAGUCCAGAGGCGAAAGAAGCAGCGGUUUUGGAACUGAACAAGAUAGUCUCGGAGGGAGUUCCGGAGUCGACGCAAGCUCUCGCUUCGCACGGAGGGAUCGAGCCGCUGGUGAAGCUUUUAGAGGAGAGGAACGAGCGGUGUGUGGAGGCGAGUUUGUCAGUGUUGUAUAACUUGAGCAUGGACAGUGAGAACCAUCCGGCUAUUAUGAGAGCAGGAGCUGUGCCUGUGUUGAGACGGAUCGUUAUGUCUCAGAGACCACAGUGGGAGAAAGCUUUGAGGUUACUUAGAGAUUUGCCUGUUUGAGAGUGAGUUGUGUUCUUCUUGAAUCAGAGCGGUCUCUGUGUUACUUAAAAGUCUAUUCAAAUAUGAGAAUAAUUGCCUCAUUA